AUGGGUUCAUCAUUCAAUAAGAUUUCGUCCUAUUUCUUCCAGAAAGAAGAGGCUCGCGUACUUAUGCAGGGUCUUGAUGCAGCUGGUAAAACGACUGUUCUCUACGCUCUGAAAUUAGGUGAAGUCGUCACAACGAUUCCUACGAUUGGUUUCAAUGUUGAAACAGUUGAAUUUAAAAAUAUUAGCAUUACAGCUUGGGAUGUAGGUGGUCGGGACAAAAUUCGACCUCUAUGGCGACACUAUUAUGAAAAUACUCGUGCUAUCGUUUUUGUAGUUGAUUGUAAUGACCGAGAUCGAGUAGAUGAGGCAUCCAAAGAACUACACACAACGGCCAAUGAAGAGGAACUUUGUAAUAUACCCAUUCUGAUCUUGGCCAAUAAACAAGAUCUACCAAAUGCAAUGUCCACUGAUGAGUUACGCGAUAAACUUGCCUUGAAUAAAUUCACUCGUGAGAGAAAAUGGCAUAUCCAAGGAACUGUAGCUACAGAAAAAAAAGGUCUUCGAGAAGGUUUUGACUGGCUUGCAGAUGCAUUGACGACAAAAAAUGUAGAAACUUAUGGAACAAUGGGUUGUCGUGAAAAACUUGAAUUUUUACUUGAACAAAUGCGUUUAUGUUUAGCUAAACAUGAUUAUACUCGAACACAAAUUAUAUCACAAAAAACUUAA